CAAAUUCAAAUCUCAGGACGAAUACAGACUACACCAUGCCAAAGGAUAUCAAAGGGUUCACCGUCUUGCCUAUCGUGAUAGGCGGGGACAAGGCUCCAGAGGCACCCACCCAUUACAUUUACGUCAAGAAGCACGACUCCAAAGGCUCAACCGACAACCGGUCCUUGUUCAUUUGCAACGUCCCCAUAGAAACCGAGAUCUCAGCAGUAAGGAAAUACUUUCAAGAAACCGCCAUAGGGGCCACCGUGGAAGAGUUCGUGCCCAGCUUGUUGACAGAUUACCCUGAAGACAUCUGGGUCAAUUUGACCAAACUCACGUCCGACUUGGAAGUCAACCCUGAGAUGGCUCACCUCGAAGAGUCUGGGGCGUCCAAAUUACCCAAGAACUGUGGCAUCGUCACCUUCGUGGACAAAUCUGCAUGCCAGUUGGCGUACUCAGCAUUGAAGAAGCUUGCUUCUAGCGAAAAGACCUCGCAGUGGCCGGCUCCCCUUUCCACCUCUGCAUCGGUCCACUACGCCACCAAAUACAGAAACCAGAUCUUGGACACCGCUCAGUUGUCACUUGCAGUGGCCCAGUCGUUGGUAGACUUCGAAAAGGCGGAGCAGGAGUCCUACGAGGCGCUCCAGCAACAGACACAAUUAGUGGACGAGGAUGGGUUUACGUUGGUGGUGGGAUCACAUAGAAAGACCAAGGCAGGUGUGUUGGGCAAGCAGCAGUUGACCAACUCAGCCGAGCUUGCCAAGGCCCAGGCCAAGAUGAAGAAGAAGGAGAAGGAGGACUUUUACCGUUUCCAGUUGAGACAGAGGAAGAAGGAGGAGAUGAACGACUUGUUGCAGAAGUUCAAGGCCGACCAGGACAAGGUGAGAGUUAUGAGGGAGAAGAAGAGGUUCAGGCCAUACUAGUAGUGUAUAUUAAUAGAUUAGUCAAAUCGUAUGUUGUAAUUUGAAUCUUAACAAUAGGGACAUUGAAAUGCGA